GAGAGCUCUGAAGCGCUGCGGCGCUUCCUGUGCUUCUCCGGGCCCUCCGCAUCAAAGACGGGGGAGAGAGAGAGAGGGGAAAAGGGGGAGAGGAGCUCGUCUUCAUCUGAUCUAGGGUUUUUGGAAUCGGAGAGGGAGAGAUGGAGGAAAGGAAGGAUGUGGGAAUUCUCGCCAUGGAUAUCUACUUCCCUCCCACUUGCGUCGAGCAGGAAGCCCUGGAAGCUUAUGAUGGGGCGAGUAAGGGAAAGUACACCAUUGGCCUUGGGCAAGAUUGCAUGGCCUUUUGCACAGAACUGGAAGAUGUGAUAUCCAUGAGCUUGACAGUUGUUACAUCUCUCUUGGAGAAGUAUCAGAUUGAUCCAAAACAAAUUGGUCGCCUGGAAGUUGGUAGUGAGACGGUGAUCGACAAGAGUAAGUCUAUCAAGACCUGGCUGAUGCAAAUAUUUGAGGAAUAUGGCAACACUGAUGUUGAAGGUGUUGACUCAACAAAUGCUUGUUAUGGGGGGACAGCUGCUUUAUUUAACUGUGUCAAUUGGGUGGAGAGUAGCUCUUGGGAUGGGCGAUAUGGACUUGUUGUUUGUACAGACAGUGCGGUUUAUGCAGAAGGGCCAGCUCGGCCUACUGGGGGUGCAGCUGCUAUGGCAAUGCUGAUUGGGCCAAAUGCUCCCAUUUCUUUUGAAAGUAAAUUCAGGGGAACUCACAUGACUCAUGUUUAUGAUUUUUACAAGCCCAACCUUGCAAGUGAAUAUCCGGUCGUUGAUGGAAAGUUAUCACAGACAUGCUACCUCAUGGCACUUGAUUCAUGUUACAAACAUUUUUGUAGCAAGUAUGAAAAGUUUGAGGGAAAGAAAUUUUCAAUUUUCGAUGCAGACUAUUUUGUUUUCCAUUCUCCAUAUAACAAGCUUGUGCAGAAAAGUUUUGCUCGGCUCUACUAUAAUGAUUUUUUACACAAUCCAAGCUCUGUCGAGAAAGAUUCAAGGGAAAAGUUGGAGCCUUUUUCAACCUUGACUGGUGACGAAAGCUAUCAGAGUCGUGAGCUUGAAAAGACUUCUCAGCAAGUUGCAAAGUGCUUAUAUGACAAAAAGGUUCAGCCGUCUACUUUGCUACCAAAACAGAUUGGGAACAUGUACACUGCAUCUAUUUAUGCUGCAUUUGCGUCUGUACUUCAUAAUAAACAUAGCACGCUGGGAGGGCAACGGAUUGUAAUGUUCUCAUAUGGUAGUGGCCUGUCUUCCACAAUGUUCUCCCUCAAACUUCGGGAUGGUCAACAUCCCUUCAGCCUGUCAAACAUUGCCACCAUGUUGAAUGUAUCAGAGAAACUUGAAGCGAGACAUGUGUUUCUGCCUGAAAAGUUUGUUGAAACAUUGAAGUUAAUGGAGCACCGAUAUGGAGCCAAGGAUUUUGUGACAGGCAAGGAGACAAGCUUACUGUCUCCCGGGACAUUCUACCUCACAAAGGUUGAUUCUAUGUAUCGGAGGUACUAUGCCAAGAAGGUUGCUGAGGGCAUUACAAAUGGGAAAGCCGCCGAGUGCAAUAAUAAGCCACUAGCCAAUGGCCACUCAUGAUGCGCCUCCACAAUUCAUGGAGGCAUGGAUGUCCAGUGGUAUUAUUGUUGUCCCCUUUCUAUUUGCCGAACCAACGGGCUUAUUGUGCCUAACCAUGCCUUUGCUUAUUAGAAAGUUGUUUUGUUGUUCUCAAUGAAUUCAGUUUCUAAGCUAAUCAAUAAUUUCUUUGGGAUUCCA